CAUGGCGUCUUCUUCGCGCGCGCGCGUUUGUGUUUGCGCAUGAAUCAGGUUUAAGUCCCAACGCGAAUAUGAAUAAGAAACGGGGCAAUAAAUAUUUGGUGCGGACUUUUUGAAUAGUCUUCUUUGCGGGUUAUGGAUUAUGUCGUCAGGAUUCAUUCACGGAUUUACACCGCCAUCUUUGACAAAAUGGAACUACAUCGACCGCCAGGAUGGAGAACUGGAGGACUGGACAGGUCACUUGUGAGGGAGCUGAAGUGUUGCUGCGCCCUGGAGGACAACUUUCUCCCCAGGAAGUCUGGUCUGAAUAUGAUGGAGUCCACUGAGAACGUGAGCGGCGUGUCGGCCAAAUGCAGAGACGCCCGAGUGGAGGAGGUGUGGGGUCUGACCAGCUUUUUUGGCUACAGUACCCACACUUUUGUACAAGCCGUCAAUCUGCUGGAUCGAUUUUUGACCAUUGUGAAGGCUCAGCCCAAACACGUGCCCUGCAUCGCCGUCUGCUGCCUCCACUUGGCAGCCACCGUGACGGAGGAGGAGAGCAAUGUGGCACCUAUCUGCGAGCUCAUUCGCAUCAGCCAGAGCAAGUUCACCGUGUCAGACCUACACCGCAUGGAGAAGAUCAUCUCGGAGAAGCUGAGCGGGGAGCCUGGCACGGCGGUGACGGCCUUCAACUUCCUGCACCUCUACCACUCGGCCUUGGCCUGCGUGUACGCUGAGGGGGUGGAGAUCCCAAGCAUCGGGAGGCUGGAAGCUCAGCUGAAAGCCUGCUUGUGUCGGCUUGUUUUCUCCAAGGCGAAAUCAUCUGUGCUGGCGCUCGCCCUCAUUGCUCACGCGUUUGACACCCUGGAAUCCUUCCACGCCACCAAGAUUGUGCAGCAACUGCAAAGACACACAAAGAUCAGCGACAGCGAGCUGCUCUACUGGCAGCAACUCGUGUCCAAGUGCGUGAACGAGUACAGCUCCAGUCGAUGCCUCAAGCCUGACAACAAAAAGCUGGUGUGGAUUGUGUCCAGGAGGACGGCGCAGGGUCUCCACGCCAGUCAUUCCAGCGUCCCCAGCCUGCCGACUAUACUGGAGGGCAGCUGGGACGAGAGCGAAAGCGAGGAUUCCUGCGAGGACAUGAACUGCGGAGAAGACAGCCCAUGCGGCUCGCUGGGAAGCAACGGGGAAGGAUCCUUCUACCCGGUUUUGUUUCACCCGUCGCCGCACAAAGCGACCGGCUAAACGGACGCGUCAACCUGGACUUGCGGUGAAUUAUGUAGCAAAGUCAGCCUGUGGGAUGUGUGUGUGUGUGUGUGUGUGUGUGUGUGUGGUUACCUUACUUAGAAGGAUAUCAUUGCUAUGCAGCAUGACGUUUUGGCAGCUCAUGGGUCCACACACUCCAGCAGAAACAACAAAAUCCGUGCUAACUCCUGCCAUUGAAAAAGUCUGUAUAAUGGAUGGCGUGUAUUUACAGUAUUAUGCAAGCGUGCAGUAUACGUAUGUAUGUGUGUUAUUCUAAUGGGAAAAUGAACUGGUGCAGUAAUGUGAUGUGUUGUUUUGUGUAUGUUUGGAUGUGGCUGUCACUCAAAGUCAAUGUCACUCAAAUAUAGAAGAAUAUUUUAAAAUAAAAAAAACUUUUCAUACAAAUUUGUGGUUGGUUUUGAAGUUUCCAGCACGGGAUGUUUCAAUGAAUGUGCGCUCAGCCAUUUGGGUGCAUUUGACACAUUUUAACCCGGGAAAAAAAGACACAAAGAGGCUGUAUUUGGACCGGGGUGAGUCAUGUCCAUGCAUCGAAAUAUUCCGAUAUGAUGUUGGUUUGUCGUUUUACCGGUCAUGUGGUCACCGUGGUCACCCUUUCCGUAAAACAGCGCUUCGGUCGUCCAUAUACGGAAAUGACAAAAACUACUGUAACAGGCGUUUCCGUGUGGAUAACAGACUGAAGCCAUAAAAUGUACAUCACCGUGUAUUAAAAAGGUAAUAUGUAUUUUAUUUUGAAGAAAAUAAAUCGAUAAUCAGUUUUCAUGAGACAUUUGGGGGCCCCUGGAAAUCACAGGGCCCUCGGCGAUUGCCUGUGUUUGCCUAUAUGGUACAUCCGCCCCUGGCAGAUGGGUCAAUUCAACAUGUCUAUUACUGAUAAGUCCGGCUCUUAUUACUUAUUAGUUAUUGUAUAAGUAGCAACAUUUCAGCUGUGUAU